AUGUCUAGACGCCGAAACACCAACGCCGGCGCCGCCCAGGUCGACUCGUCGGUGCAGCUGCGCUGGCACAGCGUCGCCAACCCCGACACUCCGAGCCUCGACAUCAUGUCGUCGCCGGACCCCCUCAACGACACAAUCACCGCUGACCACAUCCCCUCCUCCAACACCCGUCGCGUCACCCGCAGCCAGCGCGCCCACAAGUUCCUGUCGCUCGGCACCUCGCCUAGAAAGCAGGCGUUUGAGCUCGACGCCGGCAACAGAAGGGCCGCGCGGGGUGGCCUCGUGUUCAGCGUAGAAGAGACGGACGAGGACGACGACACGCUCGCCGUCGCGACACAAAGCCCGGACGCAGGCGCGUCGUCAACGCCGCGACCCCGCGAACCAACGACUACGACAACGACGGUGCCGCUAAAGUAUUCGGUCGAGGACGAGUCUAGUGAUGUACUCGGCUCUACGAAUGCUACGCCGCGGCCGCGGAAAACCCGAAUCCGCACAUCGAAUGGGACGCCCAUUCCUAAACCGACCACGGGGAAGCGACGCCGAGAUCCUACCCCGCCUGGCCGAAGAGUAUCUGGCCGCCCACAGACCGUCGAAGACAGCAUGGAUUCCGACUCCAUGUCCGACGAUCUUACCCAGCGGUCGCCCACGCCGAAACGACGCCUGCGCUCGCCUAGAAGUCGAGCCGCGGAGCCGUCCAGCGAGCUGGGCACAGAACCCGCACCGGUAGCCAACCCGGUAAGGCGCAUCGUGCGCAGCCGGCGACAGUCUGUCGCUUCAGACCGGUCAGCCGGGCGCGCGGAUGCUGCCGACGAUACGGCAAUGGUCAAUCAAGUGCCUACGAGCGAAGAUGACCUACAACGAGAUACGACAGUCACGGGAAUAUUACCUGGAAACCGUGGAAUGUCGACACUGGCGGCCGACGCAGAGCCAGAAUCGGAUAUCUGGAUGACGACAAUGUCGCAAGACGCGACUCCAAAGGCUUCUGCGAGGCCAGCCACGAAACCCGCAUCGCAAACGCAAGAGCGGGAAGAAGAGCGACGGCCGUCCGUCUCCUUCUCGGAAGGAGAGUACGGCUCCCUUGCCCCAGCUGCCAGCGACCUCUCGUCUGCUGAUGACGAACUGCCUGUCGAGUCCAUGACAACGAGAAGAAACGACACCAUUGCUCGUGGUGAAGAUUUCAGCAUGAUUCUCGCGGACUCGAUCCCCUCCCUGCAAGCAAGCACGCGCGGCGUUGCGCCCCCUCCGUCCCACUACAGCGAGAUUGGCGAUGACACCAAUCUCAUCAUCAACAGCACUCUCGAGCCUCUUCGCCAAGGCGAAGUUGCCGAUCGAGAAGACGAGGGCGAAGACGACGAAGAUGACGACGCGGAUACUCUGACCGGCCGGGAAUCUGAAAACGACCCAGCCGAAGAGGAGCUUGCCACGCCGAAGCCGCUAGCUGCCGACCCAGAAUCUGAAGCUGAGCUUGAAGCGCAGCCAGAGGCGUCGCAGCCCCAGGCGGCGGAUCCCAAUGAGAAUGGCCGUGAAUCUGAAAAUGAAACGGCUGGAAACGAGUUUGCUGCGCCGGCGCCGUUGGCUGCCGACUCGAAACCUGAACCCGAGCUUGAAGCUCAGUUAGACGAGUCGCAACCCAAGGCUGCGGAACCCGCAGCACAGUCCGAAUCGGAAUCUGCAGAAGGCAGCGACAGCGACGGAGAUCUCGAGGCAGAGCUCGCAAGAAUGGCGGAGGAGGACAAUGCUGAAUUUGAACGACAAGUUGAGCAAGAGGUCCUGAAAGAGGUCGAGGCAGCAGCCGCGGAAAAGGCCGCAAGAGAGUCGGAGCCGGAGCCGGAGCCUGAGAUGACACCAUUUAGGCAGUCGUCCAGCCGCCCGUCUUCGGCCACGCCUCGCAGCGCGAGACAACCGCAAUCGCCCCGAAAGGCGACGAACUCGUCUCCGCUCCGCUAUCGCGUCUUCAAGCGAUACCAGACUGGAGGCUCUCCGCCCGGCAGUGUACGAGCAGCGGGUUCUCCUCAGCGAACAGGAGAAUCUUCGGCAGGGAGCGCCCAAGUCCAGGAAUCUAGACAGGAUUCUAUGAUGGACGAAGACUCCUUCUCGGACAUUCCCGAGGAUAUUCUGGCGGCAGCAGCGCCGAGACAGCCUAGAUCGGCAAGGGAGGUUGAGGAGCUCGAUGAUGAGCAAAUGGAUGAGAUUAUGGGUGAGCUGGAAGCCAGCCAUGGACGAUACGCGAUGGCUGCGGAGGCUGCGCGCCUUGCUGAAGAUGUUGCCAUAACAGAGGAGCAUCAAGUAGCAGAAGUUUCGCAGCAGGCAGAGCAGCAGGCCCGGCCCGAUAGCCUCGAGCCGGCCGAUCAGGCUGCUGGAGCACGCGAGUCAUCAGAGCUUGAAGAUGACGCAUUGAUGGCAGAAGGAGGAGACGACGCGCAGGAAGCAGAAGAGGCGACAGAAGAGACGGCCGAAGAGCAGCCUCUUCCCUCCGAUGCUCCCGUGGUGCAGUCUGGACCCCGUCGCCUGCCAACCCCAGACUCCUCUCCGCCAAACUCCCCGGCUCCAGCAGCGCCCGUCCCGACCCAGCAAGAGCCUCAGGUGCAGUUGCUCUCGCAGCCCCUCGGCCAGGCAGGCCCCAGCCGCCAGCCAUCGUCCACGCCGAGGUCCCAUCCGUCCUCGGCGAUGCAGCAGCCCGAGGCGGCUGCUCAGCGCAGCGGGUCUUCAUUCGAAGAGACCCCGCGCAACCCGAUCUCUUCGCUCGUGCAGCCGCAGUCUGUGGCGCACGAGUCCACGCAGCAGCAGGUUCGCCCUGCGCUGUCCUCGAUUGUCCGCGCCGGCCGCGUCCUUCAGAGCGUCACCUCGGAUCCGCCGUCUCCGGAAGCCGGAGACCGCCAUCUGCGCAGUCCGUUUAGAAGUUCCGGCAGCAAAGAGCCCCAAUCCGGCUCCAAGGAGCGAGAGGGCAGCAGCGGCCGCCUGCCUAGCAGAAGCCCGAGCGGUCACCGGGUCAGCAAAAGCCCGACAUCGCGCAUCGGGACUCUUGGAAGGCAGAGCCAGUCGUCGCUCUCGCCGAGUCAGACCCGUUCUCCUCUCCGCGAAUCGACAAGGGGGAACGCGGUCUCGAAGCAGCCGCAGCGCAGCCCGCGCCAACCUUCCGUGUCGCCGCCAAGGUCGUCGCUCUUCAGCAAGAGCACGAGAGGCACCGAGCCCCCGGCCGCGACGGUGAGCCAGGCACAGGCAUCUGUGUCGCCGCAGCGAUCGUCUCUCUCCGGGCAGAGAACUCAGAGUGUUGAGGCUGUGCCUCCCGCGACAGCGAGCCCAUCUUUUGAGGAUGAGGCUCCACGGGCGGCGCAAAUGCCGACACCUGGACGCGUCUCGGCGAACAGCUCUCUGCGUCAUUCGCCGGAGAGCGACAUGAGCUGGGUCGCUGACGAGGGCCCGAUCAGCCCCAGACUGCGCGGCGACAACACUCUGCAAGAUGUUGUUGCUGCUUCCGAGCCCGGGACUGGCCGCAGCGGCGGCCUUCUCGGACAGUCCACGGUGACGCCUUCACCUGUUCCUGACGCAGAAGAGGAGCCGGAGCCCGGGCGCACUUUCCGCGCACCGAACCCAUGGUCGUCCGACUCGGAUUCAGAAGCAGAAUCGGAAGAAGAUAUCUACUCUGCGCCCAAGCCGACACGACAGGAGCCGGAAGUAGAGUCGGAAGAAGACAUCUACUCUGGGCCUGCGCGGACAAGGCUUCCGUCGAUACCCGAGCAGCCCGAGCUUAAGAAGCUUGAGCUGCAGGCGCCUCGGCGUGAACCUGCGUCGCCCGUGUUUUCGGAACCGGAGCUGCCGGUGCUGCCGCGUCAGCGCGAGCCGUCGCCAGAGAUGUCUGAGCCUGAGCUGCCGGUGCUCCCGCCAGCAAGAGACGACUCGACCGACAUUUGGGAUUUCGAGGCGGAGAGAGAAUCUCCGAAACGGCAGAGGAACAAGCCGUUUGGUACCUCGAGGAGGAAGAGGAAGGCGUCGCAGGACGCCCCAGGACAGGCACCCAGGCCGGCCAAGUGGAUGCGGGAAAACUUCCAACCGCUUUCCACCAGCGUCCCCAGGAGGUUCCCCGGGCCUACGCAGCCCACGCAGCCCACGCAGCCCACGCAGCGUGCGCAGCCUGUGCGGCCCUCGCCGCCUUCGCCGCCUUCGCCGCUUGCGGUUGAGGAGACUGGCUCGUCGUCGCGCCAGCAGGACCACUCGCGCCUAGAGUCCGAGGCAGAGGAGUUUUCACUUCUCGCCCGACAACGGGCAGCGGGAGAGCAGCAGACGCUCACGGAUUCUGCGGUCAAGGCGAGCCGGUUUGACCUGUCCGAGUUCUUUUCCUCGCCAAUCUCCAUGGCGGGCAAGCUGGCGGGCAAGUUCUUUCCGAAGAAGAGCAAGCCUGCCGAGGCUGCCGCUCCGGCUCCUGCGCCGGCGAUGACGGCAGGCAGCCUGUUUCCCCAGGCGCCACCGAUGGAGCAGGUGUCAGCUCCUCGCCGCCAAAACAUGUUUGCCGCCGCCGAGGACCUGUCCCGCGAACAGGCGCGACUGAACCCUGCGGCCCCAAGGCCCGUGUUGAUGGCCGACUUCUUGCCAGGAGGGAGCAGAUUUAGUGAAACUGCGUCCACUCCUGCGCCGGCAGCAACGACGACAACGAGCACCCGGGAAGUCUUCGCUCGCCCGGCUCCUCCGGGGCAGGAAGAAUGGCUGCGGGAGCCCUAUCGCCCCCCGAACCCGUUCCUUGCUGCCGGCCGCGAGUCGGCCCAGCAAAGCUUACGGGCCGCAGACCUUCGCAGAGCCGCCGAGAACAUGGAUCAGCGCAUCAAGAAGCACGGCGGGAACCGAAACUCUGCGCUGAAGCCUCGGCCGGCUGGCAGCAACGCGCCUCCACAGCCCUUGUCGUCGUCGGCGCCCUUUGCAAAGGCGCCGCCUAGACGAGAGCUGACGCGGAACGACAUCCGCCGGUGGCAGCGCGACUCGGCGUGGUCGCCCACGAGCAGCGAAGACUCGUUUCGGCCGCCGCUCCUGCGCACGCUGCCGCCCAAGGACGCGUCGCCGGAGAAGUCGAGCCUGCGCCCUGCGACCAAGCCGCGCACGCCUGGCCGCGUCGUCGAGUUUACGAGCAGCGUGCUGUCGCCGCCCGAGCAGGAGCUGGCGCGCCAGAAGCGCCGGGAGCGGGAGGCUGAUGUGGAGGAGUUUGCGGAGACGCUGCGGCUGUCGCAGAGCAUGUCGUUGGCCUUUGACAGGGACGACAACCGCCGCGAACCCCCGCUGUUCCAGCAAGGAACGGCAUCGCAGCAGGGCCGUGGCAGCAGCCAGGGCCAGGAGAACCAGCGCCCCUCGUCGUCGUCGGAAAUCGCCGACGUCUCCAUGCAGGACGCGUCGCCGCUCGAGGCUAGAGCUUCGCAGCCGGUGGCAGCAGCAGCAGCAGCUGCCGGCGCCGCCCUCUCGCAGACGCAAUGGUCGCGCCAGCACUGGAUUGCUCUCGAGAGGAUGGUCCAGAUCCGCCGCGAGCGCCUGGAGGCGGAGCGCUCGGAGCGCCGCCUGAACAGGCUCAUCGGCAAGUUCGUCAGGGCCCGGGACGUGGCCAUGCGGAUCGAAUGCUGGCACCUGGACUGCGUCGAGGAGUUCCAGACGCAGGUCGGCGGCUGGCAGGACGCGGAUCUGGUGAAGCGUGUCUUUGGCCUGCUGGUGGGAGAACGGGUCCGGAAGGCGAGGCGAGCGCAGCGGGAGGCGAGGCUGCGGGAGGAGAGGCAGCGCGAGUGA